AUGGUCGCUCCAACUCUGCUCGGCGGUCUCCUCGCCGCCGCCCUGGUCCCUCUGACCCAUGCCGCCGCUCCCCAUCCCUCUGCUCCCCAUGCCUCCGCUCCCCAUGCCUCCGCUCCCCAUGCCUCCGCUACCCAUGCCGCCGCUCCCCUUGCCGCCGCUCCCCAGCGCCCAAAUAUCAAGCCCGCGCCCUACCACCCGAGCCGCGCCUUCCCCACCUCGCCUCCGAGGACCAAGACCUGCGCAGUGAAGCCGGGCACCAACGGCAGCGAUGACGCGGCCGCCAUUCUCCAGGCCUUCAAGAGCUGCAACAACGGUGGCACUAUCGUCCUCGACGCCUCGUACACCAUCUGCUCGCCCCUUGACCUCACCUUCCUCAACGCCGUAGACGUCGCCAUCACCGGCACCGUCAAGUUCUGCGACGACAUUGACUACUGGCUGCCCCGGCUGUUCCAGUACGCCUUCCAGCAGUCCGUGUCCUUCUGGAAGUUUGGCGGCAAGGAUGUCCAAAUCUACGGCAACGGCAAGGGCACGAUCGACGGCAACGGCCAGAAGUGGUACGACCUCUUUGCGACCAACGCCACCCUCCAGAGACCUAUUUUGUUCGUCACUGACGGCCUUCACGGCGGCUCCAUCACGGGCCUGAAUAUGAUCAACUCGCCUCAAUGGUUCAACCUCAUCGCCAACAGCUCCGAAAUUCUCAUCUCGGACAUCAACAUCAAGGCCGCCUCCAGCUCGGCUAACCCGGCCAAGAACACGGACGGCUGGGACAUCUACCGCUCCGACGAGAUCGUCAUCCAAAACUCGCACAUUGACAACGGCGACGACUGCGUUUCCUUCAAGCCCAACGCGACAAACAUUAUCGUCCAGGGCCUCACCUGCAUCGGCACCCCCCACGGCAUGUCCGUUGGUUCCCUCGGCCAGUACGCCGGCACCUUUGACAUCGUCGAGAACGUCUUAGUCUACAACACGUCAAUGUCCAACGCCCCGGACGCCGCCCGCAUUAAGGUCUGGCCCAACUUCAACUCCCAAUUCCAGCCCUCGCUCUCUGGUGGUGGUGGCGCCGGAUACGUCAAGAACAUCACCUACGACACUUUCUCCAAUGACAACAAUGACAACGCCAUCACCAUUAACCAGUGCUACGGCCAGAAGAACCAGACGCUCUGCGAACAAUACCCUUCCAAGGUGACCAUUAGCGACGUCAUCUUCAAGAAUUUUGUCGGCACAACCUCUCCCAAAAACGACCCCGGCGCCGGGAGCCUCGUCUGCAGCAGCCCUGAUACAUGCCACAAUAUCAGAGCCACCAAUAUCAACGUCAAGGUCCCGAGCGGCAAGCCCCCCCAGUGGGUCUGCAUCAACCUGGACAAUAGCCUUCUUCAAAUCAACUGCGUGACCAAGGUGACCAAGAACUAG